GACACGGACGCCGCCUUCUUCCAGCUGGCCGAGGCGCGGAAGAGCCACAGGAACUUCAACGCCGUCUGCACUGGUGCCAAGGACGUGAUCGUCAAAGGCGAGUGCGAGAGUCUCGUCGAACAGCUGCGCAAGAUCCCCGACUUGGAUGUCAACCUCUCUCAGGCCUGGCAGCUGGUGCACCUGCUGGCCAAGGAGCUCGAGGUGGAGUUCCGCGAGCCCGCGCCCUCCGCCGGAGCGCCCGGGCAGGCCGCUGUCGGCAAGGUGAAGAGCCUCGCCACAGGCCGAGGCCGAGGCCGAGGCCGACGCCGACGCCGACGCCGACGCCGACGCCGCCACCGCCGCCGCCGACGACGACGACGACCAGGCGCCGGUGGCACCCCUGCCUCGGUGCUGGGGCACCUGGCCGGCAACGCGGCGGGGGCCGCAGCGCCGCCGCAGGACCAGGAGCGGCGCGCCUGGGGCUCGCCCGAGGAGCCCCAGCGGGAAAGGCGCGCCUGGGGCGCGCCCGAGGAGGCGGUGCCAGCCACGCCCGAGCGCCGCUCCUGGAGCGCAGCGCCUGCGUCCGUGGCCCCGGCGCCGGAGCCGCCCAGCCCGGCGCCGCAGAGCCAGGGCCAGGAGGUCCUGAACGGUCAGAAGGAGCUUAGCUUGGACUCGCACGAGCUUAUCGACUUCAACGACCUUACCCACAACGAGUGCCUUGGCACGGGGGGGUUCGGCGCUGUGUACAGGGGCUACUACCAGGAGAGGGAGGUGGCCAUCAAAAAGCUGUUCUGCGAGGACGGAGGCAAUGUCUCCCCGAUGCAGCUGGAUGAGCUCGAGAAGGAGGUGGCUGCGCUGCGAAACCUCAAGCACCCCAGACUGGUCAGCUUCAUCGGAGCCUGCCUGACGCCCCCCAAUCUGUGCAUCAUCACGGAGUUCAUGCCGGGGGGCUCGCUGCACCACCUCCUGCACAAGGCCAAGACCGUCCUGCAGCUGAGCUCGCAGGCGAAGAUCGGCCUCCACGUGUGCGAGGGCGUGUCUUUCCUGCACUGCCUGACGCCUCAGGUGGUCCAUCGUGACCUCAAGUCCUUGAACAUCAUCUUGGACAUGGUGUACAAUGCCAAGAUAUGCGAUUUCGGGCUGACCCAGUCCAUGGAGAAGACGCACAUCUCCUUGAAGGAGGGAGGCAACGGGGGCUCUCCGCGCUACAUGGCGCCCGAGUGCUACGACUGCAAGGGCAAGAUCACCGAGAAGGUCGACGUGUGGGCCAUGGGCUGCAUCCUCAUCGAGGCCUUCGGGGGCCCCUUGCCAUACGACGACUGCUCCAACAUACAGCAGAUCGUCGCCAAGGUGCUCAUCGAUAAGGAGGUGCCCUACAUUCCACAUCACUUGCCGCGCGGCGUGCGCCCCAUUGUUGAGGACUGCUUCUACUUUGACAUCAAGCAGCGCACAACGGCGAGAGAUGUGUACUCUCGGCUGCGACAGCUCCACCUGACAAAGGCCAGCUGCCUCUGCUCUUCGUUCCUCCUCUCCUCCUCCUUCUCGCAUGCACUCCGCGUGAGCACUCUGGGAGCGCCCAGCGCUCCAGCCUCGGAGCUGGAGGAAGGCCUCGCUGUGCCCUCCUCGCUGCUGCUGCUGCUGCUGCUGCUGCUGCUGCUGCUCUGGUUCGCGCUGCUGCUCCCUCGUCCUCCUCCCCCUCCGCCCGCCAGCCCUCCGCACUCCCCUCGUCCACCCUCCGCUCCUCCCGGCUCCGCCCCCCUCCCAGGCCUGCCCUCUCUCCCUCUCUCCCUCUCUCCCCCCUCGCUUCUCCCUCGCUCCCUCGGUCCCAGGGCGGGGCCGGCGCCCACGUGGACGAUCAGCACGAGUGGAAUUGCACGGAGGAAGCCGCACGACGACGACGAAUGCGGAGCGACGACGGGACACGGCAGCAGCAGACGCGAAGAGUGGAGCGAAGGAGGGAAGGAGAAAGGGAGAGGGCCCUCUGUGCUUCUCUUCUCCGUUGGCGUCAUCGGGCCCGUAUGGCGGGAGUCAUGGUGGGCCCCCCCUGCGGGGAACGAGCACGCAGUGGAUGUUUGGGGGUACGGCUUCGACGAGGGUCUCUGCGGUCAAGUUGCCACAUAUAUAUAUAUAUAUAGCGUGCACGGCCCCCUCGAGGGACAACAAAAAACACUUAAACGUGUGCACGCUAUACGCCGCGUCUCCGCAUUCCGAUAG